CUAAUAUAAAUAUUUCUCUCUAGUGUUUCCUGCUUGCCAUCCUUGCACAUAAUCUUGGAUCCUGUGGCCAAUCAGAUAGUGCAAAGCUGUAUUUCCUGGAUUUCAUAGUCAUCCAAUGAUAUAAGAUCUAAUUUGCACCCAUUUAACCAACUUCACAACAUUUGCUGCCACUUCUUUAAAAAUUUUAUCAUUUCUAGCAUUCCAUAGGAUUAGUAGACAAAAAUUUGAGAAAAAAAAAGAGAAAAAUAUGAAAAGUACUAGGUCCACUGUGCUAAUCCGCUACGGCUCAGCCAUCGGAUCAGCACCUUCUAAUCCCAAUCUCGUUGGCCACUACUUCACCGCCGACUUCUCCUCACUUACCUCUGAGUCCACCUGCAAGGUCAACUCAUCAAACGACCCACAAGAGUCUAAAGGUGCUCUACACGGAUACUACGGUGGAUCUUCCUCAUUGCUCCGGCAACGAAGUCCUUUGACUAGAUUCCUAAAUCACUUGACGGAAAACGCUACCAUGGCAGCGCUCAGUAAUGUGUUUUUGAGGAGGAAAGAGAAAAAGUACUGGACUGUGGCAUAGGAAAAUUAGACCUUAUCGGAGCAGGCGGCCAUGGCAUUUCACUGAUAUUUGUUCAUUUCUUUCAAUUUCAUUGCUCUUGAUGAAACCCACCUGGGGUUUGACUGGCUUUCUUGGCGAUAAAUCCGCAGUUUAACCCAAAUCUUGAUCCCUAGCUAUCUGCAUCGAGCAACAGCAAAGAAGCUGAUGAAUUAAAGUAAGGUUACGACAUCUGCAUCAAGCAGCAGCAAAGAAGCUGAGGAAUUAAAGUAAGGUUACCUUAAUUAAAGAUUUCUCCUCUUCUGAUUCGUUGUAUGAGUUUAUAAGCAGUUUAGUUUAAUCCGUUAUAAUUACUAUCUAGUACACUGAGUUCUCUAAUAGCCUCCGGUAGCUACUAAAGUUUCAGUUUGAUCGAGGUAUAUGCAUGCAGUAGCCUAAACUAUGAUCAUAUAUAGUUUCUUAAUUUUAUUUUUUAAAAUAAUAUAUUUCACUUCGGUAAAUAAAGUUCAUUUCACUCA